AUGGAAGGCGACGAAUUCCGAAGCCAGCCCCUCGGUGGCCUUACUCAUGGUCUUACGCUCCAGUCGCCGUCGGCGCGACCCUGGGCGCAGGCCAUCGCUCUGGUGGUGCCGAGCUUGAACAUGCAUCCUGCCGAUCCUGUUCUUCUCGGAAUUCAAUUCUUUUUUUUUCCCGCUCGCAUUUAUCCAAGCCAGUGCCCAACGCGGGCCACCGUGAUUUCUCUCCGCAGCCAGCUGCAUCUCGCCGGCGUGGAUGCUGUGAGGCUUUCAGAGCAACACACGGCGGGAAGAAGCAGUGCAACCGCAGACCACAUGCAGACCAACACUUUUGCUCUUGCAAGUCUCGCCAGCUUCCUUUCCACCAUCAUUUCCCCCAUCCCUCCCUGGCUAUCAUCAAGCUCCAGUCCAUCCGCGCCCCAGUCUUCCGUUAUACCUGCUGCGAGCCGACCCAUCUGCAGGCGAUUCGUAUCCACACACGGAGCCAAGAUGGUCGUGGCCAACUUCUCCACUUUCUUGGGAGCGCAGAACGGUCCCAAGUCGCUGUCCAUCAAGCUUCGCGGCUGGGGGAGCAAGAUCCGGGCGCUAUGUCUGCUCGUCGCCAUCGUGUGGCUCACGCGCGUGGUGCUGUACUUUGAGCCGACGCUCUCGCCCAUGUUUGGCAUGCGCGUCCGAGCGCUCGAUGCCGCCGCGCACGAUAUCUGGACCGACUAUAUCGCCACCCAUCCCGUCGAGAUCGACGACAGGUACGGUCUGCGCGAGAUGGGAUUUCGCGCUCAUGCUUACGCCGAAUUCGCCAGGACCGGUCAGAUCGGAAGACUCGAGCGCAUCGAAGAACACCUCUGGUCUUAUGCGCCAGCAGUUGCAGAGAUCCGCCGCACUGCGCUGCGCGUCCGUCCAAAGGCAGCUGAGCCUGUCGAGGAUCCGGUAGAGGCUAGAGUCAGUGCACAGCUGAAAAAGUCAGGCAGACUAUCUGCAAACCAGACCGCGGCUCUGCUCACAGCCGCCGAACUCGAGGAGGCGGCUCAGGGAGGAAAGUCGAGAGGCAUCGUCAUGGUGGUAUCACGCUACACUGCACUGGCUGCGCUCCAGACCAUCACGGUCCUGCGUCAGCUGCACGGCUGCCUCCUUCCGAUCGAAAUCUACUACCACACCGAGGACGAGCUGCCCGAUGGUCUGGUGGACAUGUUCAAGACACUCGGCCGCGUGUCGGCGUUCAACAUCGACACGCUGCCCUACUUCAACAGCGAUCUCGAAGACGAUGCCGGCCGCUAUCCCGGCCUCAAGGUGACGUGGGAGCGCGAGUCGCUGGCUCUGCUGGCCUCGUCGUUCCAGGAGAUCCUGGUUGUGGAUCCCGAAGUGGUCUUCCUGCAGAAUCCGUCGCUGCUAUUCUCGCAUCCCACCUUCGCAAGCACUGGUACGCUCUUCUUCCGAGCCAAAGCCAAGCCGGUGGAUCGCGCAUCGCAGUACCUCGUCUCGUUCCUCAAGCGUCAGAUCGACCAGGGCUCGCCAUCGCAGCAGCUUGCAGAGAGUGCAUUCUUCUCGCACGGCAUCGGUGCGCGCAUGGACAUGGACGUGGUGGUGCUCGACAAGUCGAGACCCGGCGUGCUGUCGGCGCUGUUGAUGAACGCAUGGAUGCGCAGGAGGAUGGCGCGCGCGCUCUUCUGGGGCUCGUACGUCGGCAUGAUGCGCGAGGCGCUCUGGCUGGCGUUUGAGCUCUCGGACAUCGAAUACGCCUUCGAGAACACGUGGCCGGGAGCCAUCGGACGCUUUGAUGGAGAGUGGGACGACCACUCGCCCCAGCUCUGCUCGCCGAGGACGCUCCAGUUCCUCUCGCCCCAGGCCGCGCAUCAGAAGCUCUCGCGCAAGUACUUUUCGCUCUUCCAAUCGCACGGCUCCAAGACGAGUGGGAAGAGUGUUGCUUCCAAGCACAAGGACAACGCCGUGGGCGAGAAGCCGUUCUGGUUCCACGGCGGCGUCCUUGUCCCCCGACAGACGGACGAGACAUACUUUAGCCCCAACGUCUAUGCGCGAAACGCACCGCCGUACACCACUGUGGACGAGGACAGCAGCGAUUCGGACAGUUGCCUGUACGGCGCCACUCUGAACAGGCUCAAAGGCACCAUCGUACCCUCGACGCUGCAGAAGGCCAUCGAGAUCGCACACGAGGCGUUCAUGACCUACCGCUCCACGCUCAUGCACUACGCGCCUCUUCCGGCGCCCAUCAACUCGAAGCCAUAA